UGCUCUUCCAAUGCCCACCUGCCUCAGCAGAUGGAAUGUCCAUAUUCAAAAAAGCAUGAGAAACUGUUAGCCUGGUCAUGGAAUUUCCCACCACAGGAGAGGACAUUUGAACCGGCAUGGUGGUUCCUCCUCCCUCUUUGUCAUCUCCUUUUCUCUGGAAAUACACUUUAGAAGAUUAAAUGAGAAUUCCUGGGACUAGAGGAAUAUAAUUAUUGGGGUAUCUUCCUCUCUUUGGUGUCCACCCUUCUUCCUUUUGGUCCUUCUUAUCACCCAAAAAGGUGACCACAACCGCUUCUGAGAAGAGAAAAUGUUGGCGCCUAGGCCCUAAAGUUGCGGAGGCCUUUAGAGUCAAAGGUUUAAGGACGGCCAGUGUUUUGGUUACCCUAACUCCAUUUGAAAAUGCCAGACAGCAGUGGCCACUUCACCUUUUUGAACUCUCUCACAACCAAAUGAUGUUGACGACCGUCAAGAGAGAGAUGGUGGCAGUGGCAGGAAUUGCCUUGUGUUUUCUUGAGCACGCUGACAAGUCUAAAAAAGCCUCUUGAGAAUCAAUGAUUGGUGGGGAUGUGAAGUCAGAAAGCCCAGUCUGUCUCCUCUCUACUCUAGGCUGUUUAAGGAUAGUGAAUAGUGGAAGCAAAUCAUGGCACAUGGCAGUGGUGGCCUCCACAAAUGGCUGGUUCUGCAGUUGACGAAUCCUGUUAUUUUGCUGGGGUUCCUCCUUCCCACCAGCUCAUUUCCUGCUCCUGAGUAUACGUCGUAUGAAGUGAUCACCCCAAGGCAGUUGGUGCUUUGGGGAGGGAAAGCCAAGAAGAAUGAACUUUCCUAUAUCCUCAAUGUAUCAGGAAAGGACUACGUCAUUCAGUUGAAGCCCAGGAAGCACGACUUCCUGGUCAAAAACCUCCCACUCUUCACAUACAGUUCCCAGGGCAGACGGAUCGAAAGUCAUCCCUACAUCCCUGUUGAAUGCUACCACGAAGGGCAUGUGGAUGGCGUAGCCAAUUCGCUUGUGGUUCUGAAGACCUGCUCUGGCUUGACAGGAUUCCUAAGUAUCAGAGACAGAAAUUAUGGCAUAGAGCCUUUCCACGGUUCUUCAACUUUUCAGCACCUUCUCUACCUGAUCAACGAACCAAAGCCUUGUAUGUGUGGAAUGAGAGCUCCAGUUGCAAAGCGUCAGGCAGAAGAACUGAGGGCGGAAAGAGGGACCCGGCGUGACCCAAGGCACCCAAAAUACAUUGAGCUGUACAUUGUUGUGGACGAGAAGCUGUUUCAGUUUGAAGGUGCCAAUGAAACCAGGAUGGCAUACCUCAUUUUGGACAUAGUUAACUUAAUGGGUGUGCACUUCCGGGAGCUGCACACAAGUAUUGUCCUGAUUGGACUGGAGAUCUGGAACACAGGCAACCCUUUCGAGGUUACAAAUGACGUUGGGUUGCUUCUGAAUAAUUUCAACAGCUGGAGAGUGAACGGUCUUGCGAAGUGGAUGAAGCACGACACAGCCCUGUUGCUCACUCACCAGGAGUUCGAGCACACCCUCGGGAAGUCAUACGGUAAUGCCAUCUGCAGGCCAAGCUAUUCUGCAGAGGUUUUGAGCCUCUUGCAGAAGAAUCCAAUUCUCUUUUCAAGGGCCAUGUCCCAUGAGUUGGGUCAUCACAUGGGGCUUGAACACGACGAAUCCAACUGUGUUUGUGGAGGAUACAAAACCUGUGUCAUGCAUUCGUACAAGGCAGAAACGAACAAGUUCAGCAACUGCAGCAUUCACACUUUUGCAGAACUUGUGCUGGAAGGGAACCUGGACUGCCUGAACAACAGGCCCCAAAAGAUACCAUCUAUCAAGCAUUGUGGCAAUGGAGUGUUGGAUAAGGGAGAAGAAUGCGACUGCGGUGGCACGCAGAGGUGCAAGCAGAAUCUUUGCUGCAACCCUGACUGCACCUUGAAGCCACGUGCACAAUGCUCUUCUGGGCCAUGUUGUAAAAACUGUCACUUCCUUCCAAGUGGAGACCUUUGUCGAAUUCAGAUCAAUGAGUGUGACCUUCCUGAGUACUGUAGUGGGAAAUCUGAGUGGUGCCCCAAUGAUGUGUACAUGCAAGACGGGACGCCGUGCAGCAAACACGAUUCCCAUUGUUAUGCCAAGCAGUGUUGGACUCACAAGUACCUGUGCGCCAGGAUCUUUGGCUAUGGAGCCACAGCGGCUCCAGCAUCCUGCUUUCAGUCUCGGAAUAGUGUGGGGGAUGCGUAUGGCAACUGUGGCAGGGAUUGGACAGGAAGUACUUUUGUGAAAUGCCAGCCUCAAGACGUAAAGUGCGGGAGAGUUCAGUGUACCAACGUCAGAAACAUACCUUCAAUGCCACACUAUGCCGUGACUCCCACUGAGUUGUCAGGCACUAGCGCUAGCUGCUGGAGCGUGGCCUACCAUGGCGGGACAGAUUUUGUGGAUCUCGGAAUGGUGCCUGAUGGCACUCCAUGUGGCCCUGGGAAACUCUGCAAGAACCAUACGUGCAUUUUCAGGAAGAAGGCAGUGUGUGAUCCCAACAAAAAGUGCAAUGACAGAGGUGUUUGUAACAACCUCAAUAACUGCCACUGCAACAGUGGCUGGGCCCCUCCAAACUGCAUGUUUUGGGGGUCUGGGGGAAGCAUCGAUGGUGGGUAUCCAAGGCAGAACUGGAGCACAAAAGUCGUGAAACGAACUUUUGAAACAGUGAUCCCUCUAGGAGUCCUGGUUCUUGCCGCUAUCACUUUUAUUGUGCCAAGGCUGCGGAAGCUACCAGAAUGGUGUAGGCAAUUCACCAGCUCACGGGUUGGAGGGAAUCUGCAAGGCAGCAGCCUAGAUGUUGACAAAGUUGAUUCCUGUCGCGUUUGCAAAGUAAAGGAAGGAUUGAACUCUACAGAUUCCAAAGAGUAAUGCUUGUGGACAUUUCAAGGCAUCCUUGGACCUCCUGUUAAGACAUCGACUGCACUCCAAAGCAUCUAUAAUAAAGCAGAGGUUGGUGGCAAGUGGACUCCAGUUCCCAUCAUCCCUGGCUGUUGACCAUGCUGUGCCAGUGGCUGAUGGGAACUGUAGUUCAGCCAUAUGUCGGGGCGGCGCACAUGCUCCCUCAUCCCAGAAAUAAAUUUCCCCUGUAUAUAGUCCUUAUAAUAGGAGCAAUUGUAAUACGGUCUUUGCUCUAAUAAAAUUUGCAUUUUCCCCCA